AUAAAAAAAUAAAAGGUGGAAAUUCCCCUCCCAAAUUAAAAAAUGGAAGGAUAUACAGAUUUUAUCCGACUCAAUGUCACGCCAGCGACAGACCAUAAUCUCAUCUGAUUUAUAGUGAAAAUUGGACGAAAUCGUAGAGUUGUUGCCAGUCAGUUCAGGUGCAAGUGAGCUUUAUGAAACACUAACGUGGGUGCCGGUUGCAAAGACAAAUUCUUGUGAUUAGAUAAAUCGGUGGGCGGGUUUUCUGUCAACCACAGGUGUUCCCACAUACGUUACGCUCGUUCAUGUCAAUGUCAAGAGAUCUCAUUUUCCUUCCUGAAGCCUGUCAUGUCCCACCUGGCCCACAAAUGACCACUAAAAUAAUUCAUUUUAUGGUUAAUGGUAGAGUGGAACGGGCUGAGUUUGGAGCAGACAGCACGGCUGAAGACAUUAAAGAACUGUUUCGAGCAGCAGCAGAGGUGUCUCCUCAUCACAUCCUGAAGCUGUACAAAGCAAACGGCAGCGUGGUUAAUAUCUCGCCCAUGUUGGAGCCCAACAGCCAAGACUCAUAUUACCGGCUGGAGGUGGUGACAUCUGACGUCCAGAGCAUUACCAUGCCAUCUAAUGUGGACAACAUGGAGCACAGAGUAAGUCACCUUGAAACCAAAGUCCUGGAAGAGGCAGGGAAAACUUCAGAAGUCAUCAGUGACCUACAAAGUCAGGUGGAGUCUUUCAAGCGCAAACUUGAGAGCAUCAAGCACCUAAGCUGGAUGGGUAUUUUUAGGGAUGAAAACACCAAGCAAAUUUCCAAAUCCAAAGGAACUCAGUUGAACAUGGAAGAGGAGCACCGGCAAGUGCGCAGGAAAUUCCUCAACAUGAGCUCUCUGCAGGUGACAGAAGAAGUGAGAGACCAUCUGAAAACUCCAAUUUUUGACAACUGGCAGUGGGAGGAGGCAGAGAUGCUGGUGCUUCUUCAGGUGAUGUUCACGGACCUGGACUUCCUGACAGCGUUUCAAAUUAAGAAAGAUGUUCUUCAGAACUUCCUGUUUGAGGUCUACUGCCACUACAACAACAUCCCAUUCCAUAACUUCCAACACUGCUUCUGUGUCACGCAGAUGAUGUAUGGGCUAAUUUGGCUGACAGACUUGAAGAGCAAACUGUGUUCAAUGGACCUACUGAUCAUGCUAACAUCUGCUCUGUGCCAUGACCUCGAUCACCCCGGCUACAACAACGUCUACCAGAUAAAUGCUCGGACCGAACUGGCUCUUCGUUAUAAUGACAUCUCUCCAUUAGAGAACCACCACUGUGCGGUUGCCUUUGGGAUCUUGGCUAAGGAGGAGUCCAACAUCCUCAAACAUCUGACCACAGAGCAGUAUAAACAAUUUCGAGCAGGAAUGAUCAAGUGCAUUCUGGCUACCGACAUGGCUAGACACAACGAAAUCCUCAACAAGUUCAAGAGCAUUCUAUCCAUUUUUGACUUCAGAAAUAAGGAUCACAAGGAAGUGCUGAUGAAGAUCAUGGUAAAGGUAAGCGACAUCUCCAACGAGGCCAGACCGAUGGCAGUGGCCGAGCCCUGGUUGGACUGCCUGCUGCAAGAGUUCUUCAACCAGAGUGAUAAAGAAAAGCUUAAAGGGCUUCCAGUGGCUCCAUUCAUGGACCGUGACAAAGUAUCCAAGCCGUCGUCCCAGACUAGUUUCAUUCGCUUUGUCCUGUUGCCGCUCUUCACAGAGCUUACUAGGCUCUUUCCCUGUCUGGAGCAACAUAUUGUGGAGCCAGUGAGGCGAGCCCUGGAGUACUACUCGGACCUGGAAAGAGCCACCCAGCAAAGGGAGACAGCCUGCAAACCAUGAUAAGAAAUAUGUUAAAUUGUUUAGCAAAUGUGUGGGAAUAGGCUUGCUUUUCAUCAAUAGAAAUAGGAAGGUAAUGCCCCAACAUCAAUAGGAAUUGACCUGGAAAACCUCACAAAUCAACAGGAAGUGACCUGAUAUCAGCAGGUGAUACAGAAAUGCCCCAAAAUCAAAAUGAACUGACCCGCUAAACAGGAAAUGACCGGGAUAUGCCCCAAAAUCAACAGGAAGUGAUCGGGAAACGCCUCAAUUACAACAGCCGCAAGUUCCCCGGUAUUUUUCGGACUAAAAGCCUCAGUUUUUGUUUUUCAUAGUUUGGCCGGGGCUGCGACUUAUACUGUGGAGCGACUUAUGUGUGAAAUUAUUAACAUACUUAGGGCUGCAACUAACAAUUCAUUUCAAAAUCGAUUAAUCGGACAAUUAAUUAAUAGGAUGAAUGUCACUUUUUACAAUUACCUUUACAAUUUACCUUGAAGGUGUUUUCGACAUGUUGUAGACCGCAAUAAAGAAAAAAUGGAUGACUAUUUACUUCAACUUUAUCGAUUAUCAAAUAAGUUGGCAACUAAUUUAUUAAUUGUUGCAGACUUAGUAGGAAGCUAGUUUAGACAGUAAGAUGUAAAGGAAGUAUAGUAAAAGCUGAUUUUUGUUCAUGUAGAACUUUAACUUAACAAAAAUAUAAUGAAAAAAUCUGAUAUUUACAACUGAGAAGUUUGUUAUAACUUCAAGAAUUUGAGACAAAUUUAAGGUGAAGGUCCUAAACGAUUAAUCUGUUAUCAAAAUAGUUGUCGAUUAAUUUGCUAAUCAAUUGUUGCACCUCUAAACAUAAACACACAAUUGUUUCUUUUCACAUUAUUUUCACACUAAACCACAAGAGGGCGCUCAUGGCCUGAUGCGUUAUGUAACGUUAGCAUACCGUACACAUAUUCAGUCUGUUGUUUUCUAUUCUAUUUUAAAUUACCUUUCAAAAUGACAUGUCUGUUCUUAUCAAAUAAAUUUCUGCCAAAAAUAUGUGACUUAUACUCCGGUGCGACUUAUAUCCAUUGCGCAUUUUUUGGCUGGUGCGACAUACUAAGGUUUGACUUAUAGUCCGAAAAAUACGGGACAAGAUUUUUAUAACAUUAAGACAACAAACUCAAGUGUUUACCAUACUGAAGGUCAGCUCAACAUUUAAUUUUGUAUGACUGGAUUUACAAGUUCCAAAGUGCAAAUGUCUGAUAAAUACUGUA